AUCAUGGCUUAGCGCGGUUUAAAGUCUCUCCAGCGCCACGUUGGAUUUGAAACAGUGUUACGUCACAAUAGUGUUUUUAUCGAGAGGAGGGAAUAACUGGAGCAAAAAGACGCGCAGCAGCUGGCGGCUUGACUCGCGGCCAACAGUGAUGCUUUGGAGAGAAAAACAAUCGGUCAGGAAGUGCCGUGUGAAUAUUAAUAUGGAUGCAAAUGUGCGAGCGUGAGGAAGCCCAGUGCGCGCUCAUCUGCGCAUUCCUGUUUUGACGUGCGCGUCGCUCCCCUCCUCUCCCGCUCGCUUCUCUGGAGCUUUAUUUUGGUGGAGACGAUGGCGAUCUCGGCUCUCCGCCGCCGUCAACCCGGGAAAAUGGAAGACGGUCCGGGAAAAGCGUCAAUGCGCUGAAAAUAGCGAUUUUUCUCCGCUGCCACUCGGGGAUUUUUCCCUGCUCGCUGUCUCGCAGGACAGCUGUGUCAUCAACAACCGGCGUGGUUUUGUUGUUGUCUGCUCGCUACGGAGCGCUUUUCUGCGCCAACCAUCGCUUCGGAACUGAGGUGAGUUGGACCGGGGGGUCCGUCACGUCCGUCCCUCGACUCUCCGCUGGUCUUCUGUACCAUGAGCUCUGGCUCCGCCCAGGAUGUGGCAGUGGAGCAUUUCCUGCGUGACAUAGAGCGGCGAAGCAAGCGGCUACACUGCGCGGUGAUUGGCUGCGAGGAGGAGAGACCUCGCGGCGACAUGAACCUGCUGUACCGGAAGAGCCGACUGGACUGGCGGCAGCGGGAGCAUGAGGGGAGCAAGAGGAGCUCCACUCAGACCGACCCGUCAGCCACCGUGGGCAAAGUCAGAGACUUGGCUUCAUUCCGGCGGCACUUCCGGAUGGGAUUCAUGACCAUGCCUGCCUCCCAGGACCUGUCCCCUCACUCCUGUGCCUCAGCCAUGGCGCCGCGCUCGCAGUCCUGCCACGCGGUGGGCGCCGGUGACAACAGUCUGGAGAACGGAGAUUAUUCUGACACGCAGUCUCAGCACGGCGGGCGGUGUCCACCGGCCAAACCCAAGCGCCACCCCAGCACUCGCCUGAGCACCUCGUCGGCUGAUGGCCGGGCGCCCCCGGAGACCCCGCCGCCUCCCAUGCCCAGCCACUCGCAGGAGAGGAGAGAGAAAAAGAAUGCCAUGAAGAAGUCCGAGUCCGGAGACAUGAGCUCAAAAAAAGUUCCUCCCCUGAAGCCGAAGAGAAGUCCCAGCACGCAGCUCACCUUCGACCCCCUGCCCCCACGUGUGCCUCACUCAGCCGCCUCGCUGCCCUUCCAGUCGGCUGAUGCUCAGAUCCAGCCAGGAGACGGGGACGAUGAGCCGGUCUACAUCGAGAUGGUGGGCCAGGUGUUCACCAGAGACAGCCAGACCGCCACCCCGCAUCCGGUCACCCCUGUGGCCACCACGCCGGACUCUGAUUCGGAUCAGAGCGAGGCCAUUUACGAGGAGAUGAAGUACCCGCUGCACGAGAACAGAGAGGCCCACAGACACCUACCCUCUAAACACGAGAGACUGAAAAGCUCUAAACACUUCCAUGUCACCCCGUCCUCCAGCAGCUCCUCCUCCCUCCCUCGACCAUCCUCCUCCUCGCCCUCCUACUCCAAACCCAAAGCAACAGUUUCAAUCUCUCACUCGUCACCUUUGCCUUCAUCAGCCUCCUCCACUCCCGUUCCCCAGGUCCUCUCGACCAGCCCCCAUACCCCACGAGCCCCGACGCCCUACCUUCUACAGGGGAACAAAUCUGAGCCAGAAUCCAACACCAAGAUCCCUGCCCCGUUCCCCAAUCUCCUUCAGCAUCGCCCACCUUUACUGGCGUUCCCUCAGCCUGCUGCAGCCUCUAGCGGCGUUGGAGUCCAAAACAAGGGUUCAGGUUCUUCUAAAACUCAAACUUCGAGUUCGUCCACACAAGCCAGCAGCUCUUCCUCAACAUCGUCCAAUAAUCUGGGCUCAGGGUCCAAGGAACCUUUCGGAGGGAGUGUCACACCGCAGGAGAAACACAGCAGGGACUCUCAGCUGGGUCCUGCCCCAGGACUGAGAGCCAGGAGUCACUCCACACCACUGCCUCCCUCCUCAAAGUCCACCUCCCCCUUCUCCCACCACCACCACCACCCCCACCACCGACCCUCUCACUACCAUCAGUACCGGAAACCAGAGAGAGGGGACUCCCCAGCUCCCACCAAGAGCUCCCAGACAUCCAACCAGGCUACUGUCCAGACCCAAACAUCCAGUUCUGGCAAGGAGGGAAAGUCGGUCAGCUUCCUGUUGAAGAAUGAUAAAGGCGAGAGGGAAAAGGAUCGGGACAGGGACAAAGAGAGAGACCGAGACAGGGACCGGGAUAGAGACAGAGAGAGGGACAGAGAUAGAGAUCGAGAUAGGGACCGAUGCCGUGAUAAAGACAAGGAUAGAGAGAGAGAUAAAGACAGAGACAGGGACAGGGAUCGGGAUGGAGGCCCACACUCAUUGGAAAAUCCCCCGACUACACGCAGCCAAUCGUCUCAAGGCACCAGCUCAACCCCAACACCUCUGUCCUCCUCCCAGCGUCCUCACUCUCGCCCUCAUCUCCGCUCUCACACGCCUCACGGCCUCCCAGCUUACAAGCCCCCCUCCUCUGACAGUCCCCUGCUGUGGACGUACCCCUCGGGUGGGUUCCGGAGACCGCCGGCCUACGAGAGUCUGCGAGGAAGCUCCCUGACGCCGUCUCUGCAGCAGCAGCCGUCCAGCCUCACCGGGCUCGGAGAGUCGGCAUCCAAGAACAACGGAGGGUCUUCGUCCCUUCACUCCAAAUCCGGUUUCUUGCCGUGGGAUGGAAGCUUAGCGGCGGAUGAGGGGUCUUACUGGCCCAUGCAGAGGAAACUGUCCUUCAGCCACGGGAGCAGAGAGACAGAGAAGGAGGGACGUUCAUGGAACGGCAGCGCAGACGCCUUAUUGAGGAUGGACAAGGAGGACUUCCAAAGCGGACCCUCAAGCAUCCCGGUCUACAUGAGUGGCACCAGCAGGACACUGGGCCACACAGAGUCAUUGGCCGGUGUCGAUGGAAGUUUGGGUUUCAGAGCUCUGCCCAGAGGGAUGCCCCUCCCAUGCCAGACUUUCCCUGCCUGUCGCAACGGAGAAGUGGGGCGGCUGGGCCGUUCCUCCUCUGCGGCUGGAGUCAGACAGGUGGGUGGAGGAGGUGACGUGGUGAGACAAAGCAGUCUGCCUGCCCGAGAAGCCCUGAAUCAGCUGCAGGGUCAUGGUGCGACCCCGUGCAGUCCCAGCAGCGCCGGCGUGUCGCGGCAGCAGCAGCAGCUCCAGCUCCACCAGCAGCAGUUGCAGCUGAAGCAGCAGCUCCAGCAGCUGCAGCAGCAGCACCACCUACAGCUGCAGUUCCAGCAGCUGGCUCAGCUGGCGCAGGGGCAGCCGCCGGUGGGCGCAGGCGGCGCCGCGUCAGCCGCUCAGAGCCAGCGAGACGGGAAGCUGCUGGAGGUCAUCGAGCGCAAACGCUGCCUCUGCAAGGAGAUCAAGGCCCACCGGCGGCCGGACAAAAGCCUGUGCAAGCAGGACAGUAUGCCCAUCCUGCCCAGCUGGAGACGGACACCUGAGCCCCGCAAGACUGGCACGCCGCCGUGCCAGCGGCCGCAGGCUGUGGUGUGGGACACGGCCAUCUGACACGACGAGCCAGCGCUUCAUUAUGAGACCAAACACACAGACGAGCAGGUGGUUCAACAAACAAACAAGAGCAGUCGAGGGCGGAAAUUGAAUCAAACCGGCUGCGGUGAUGUAAUGACCGCGACCGCCUCUCACCUGGCCAACACGCUUUGUCCAGACUCCAUUGGUUUGUACGUCGGGUUCUAAUUGCCAAUCGCUCUCGCCAUAUUAACGAGUUUUCUAAAAUCGGUGUUGCCAAAUUUUGUCCUCGAUAUAUCUCUUGUGAAUACGAAAAGACUCUGGGGAAGUUCGUCCAAGUGUUUCUUGAAGUCGUGAAUGCUUAUGAGGUGUAUUGGUAUCAAUAGAUUGUCAUUGUGGAUGCAAAUAAUCACCACAGAGGAGUUAGAUUUAACAAAAAAAAAAAGAAACUACCUAGCGUGUUUGCAUAUUUGUAAUGUACAUCUCUUUACUUUCUCCACUUUUAUAGCAAUAUGCUCCCGACACUGGAGCGACAUAACUAAAGUGUGUGUGACCUAGCCUAACAAACAUAUCUAAGACUUGAAGGAGUCAUAUUUACUGUGUCAUUCUCUGCAUGUCGCGAUAGACAUACAGUAUUGUACGAUGUAUAUGUGUAGAGAUGAUCAUGUUUUACAUUCAGCUUCACUGCUAGUGGUCGUGUGGACCAGACGCCGCGGGGCUCCGGGUGGAAUUCUUUCAACGACGACAACAAUCGACUAAACAAUCAUGGAAAUGUUGGAGAGGGACAAAGCUGAAGGUGUCGUUUCCACUUCGGCGCCUCGACUUUGCUGCGAGUUACAGGGCUAAUUGCUAAUGAUGCUAGCUGGUCUAGUUAUAGGCCGGUUGACCCGACCUUCGUCGGAUCACAGUCCGAGUUAAGUCCCACUAUGUACUGAAGCUAAUGUGAGGUCUAAAGAUUAAAGUCAUUGCGACUUGUAGCAAGGCUAGCGCUACAGUUCCACCUCCUCGGGUACCAGAUGGUCUCCUUGGGGACCUUCAUUAGCUUCUGGGUUUCAGCAAAAGCAGUUAUCUGGGGCGCCCGGCUCCACUCCUGGAAACCAUUUGUCUUCAUAAUUCACUCUUGCACGCGACUGAGUGAGACCUUUCGCUGACUCAUCCCUUUGUUAUUUCGUUAGUAACCUUCUGGAGUUACCUGGAUGUAACUCCAGUUCUAUGAAUACGUGUGAAGCCCUCUAACAGACUUCACAUUCGGUGUAUCCUCUUCGAGACGUGAUCUUUACUAGCACCUACAAAUGCCCCCGUCCCCUGCCACUAGAGGGCGGAGCACGUAAGACAGAACCAUGGUGUCCAGCUGCUAUCGAGCAGAUUCAGAAAGGUGUAGGUCAUGGGUUCACCUGAGGAGAAACAUGAGCCAAACUAAACAAGCCUGUAUUACAAGCUCUACUCUCUCCGUCUAUGAUUGGUGAACAGAUCACAGCAAAGUCGAGGCACAGAUUUGACAGGAAACCAGACGUUCCUUGGUUCCACUUUCUUCCUCAUCCCUCCUUCCUCCCCUUUUUUAAAAAAAAGAAAAAAACGAUGCUCGUGUCGGACCACCGGACGCUGAGCGUCGCUCACCUCAAACAGAAUGCUGGAACAAUCUGCACAAACAAGGUGAACUCCCAUGUAUAUAGUUCUGUACUGACAAUGUAGCAUUUCCAUUUUCAUACUUGUAACCGACUCAUAUCAUGUAGCAUAAACUGUACAAACUCCUUUCUUUCUUGAGAAGACUCGAUCUGCUGCAGCCAGUCCAUUCAUCACUUCAUCCCGAUUACAAAGCCCUCUGAAUUGACAACCUAACGUUAUGCAAGACUCCCUUUAAGCUCUUUUAUUUAUGCCUUUUUUUCUACAUCCUUUGUGUACAGAUUCUCACGGCUUGUCGUCUUGAAAUACUUUGCUGCUAUUUUGAACUACUGGUGUCGUUCUUUCCGACUCAACGAGGCUUGUUACCUUGAAAAGUGGAGCCCGUCUGUGCUACAGGCACUUGAAUGUCUCUCGGUUGUUGAUUUAUUUAUUGUUUUUUUUUUGGG